GAGCAGGACACAAGCGUUUGUGCUGAUCAACGAGGCAGAGCCUUCAGCACUCCCAUUAGCCUGGACAUUUAUGCUUUCCGGAGGCCGUGGGCGGAGGCAAGCCAGGUAUUAUGAAACUCAAUAGUAAUGAAUGCACGAAAAUUAGUAGACAAAAGAAAAACGAUAACAUUUUAGAGAUUACAUAGAACCAAAACAAACUGUAAUUCCGACAGAUAAACAUAGCGAGAAAAGAAACCGAAAUAAAACAGACACUAAGCAAACCUUGCAAAGAACUACCUUUACAGAUCGCAGCGCUUCAAGGGCCACGAACCAUCUGUUCCAGGAAAUGAGCAUUACUCCCACCUGAAAACUGUCCGCUAGGGCUCUCAGCUACUUACGACCGAAAGAGAAACUGGCGGCGCUGGGACUCAGCAAGCGCCGGCAUCUAGCGAAUAGUGCUGGUGUUGCCAAAAAAUACCUGUUUUGGUGUCAUAAGUGGUGCUGCCAGAGAGAAACCGUGGUCUUGGGAAACAGCGUUGCUUCCACGCCUAAACAUCCUGUUCGGAGGAAUGAACCCACUCUGUUUAAAUGUGUUGUGUCAGAAAAAUGUGUUGAGACAUUUUAAUGUUUUAAUCCUCUUAAUGUGUUUAAUCCGCUUACAGUAUUUUAACCCGUUUUAAUGUGUUGUGACAGAAAAAGCGCCAGCUAACGGUGCUAUGAAAUUACUAGUGCGUACAGCGGCUCCGUGCAAUCACCGUUCUGCACAGUAAAACAUGGUUUAGGAAGUUCUUUAGCAGAUACUAGCGGUGCGAGAACCAAGAAAGUGACAGCACAGAGAAUAUAAGGACCUCGCGAAUGGGAAACGUCACACUGGGCGCUAAGAACGGUGCCGUAACGGAGAAAACGCUAGUCGGCUCUACUGGCAAAAGCGCUGAUGCAAAACCAUCAGCUCCGCAUACGAAAGAGAGCCACCAGACACAACCUGGCACCUGACAGCAGGGAGAUUGAGACCGAGCUCGGCUCCCUGGAUCCUGAGAGAAUGAGGAAAUCAGUGGUGCUUCAGGAUAUUGUGAAUUUGGGCUUCUGAAAGCAGAAUUCUGAUUUAACAGUAUAAUGGAAUUCCUGAACGUCAUGAUGCUAAUUUGAACCAACAAGCACCCUUGUGAGAGGAAUCUGCUUUUCCUCAAGUCUGAAGAACACCAGGAGAAUCUUUCUGUAUGGAGUUACCAGGAAUCCUCUGCUAAGGAAAGUGAAAGGGAAGAUGCAAUUUCUCCUGGGAAGGGGGGAUGCUGAUGUAGAAGGUGACAAGUAAUAUGCCAUGAAGGAUUCAGUCACCUGGUUAGAUUUAGAGUUAGAGUUAUGGUUAAGGAAGAAGGAAGGAAAAAAGGCAGAAGAGGAAGAAAGGAAGCAAGAAAAGAUAAAAUUUAUUCUAAGGUCCUGCAUGCCAGUAAAACUACUCAUGUCAGCUGUUCUGCAGGAUCCCAUGAGAAGGCAACCACCUUUCUGCAUUGUGUCUGUGAUGAUGACUACCCUAAGUACCCCAUUUACCUCCAACAGGUGGAUAAAAUUGGUCCCUGUUAAUUCAUCCUACCUGGAAGUGGAACCAACAAGAGCCACUUCCAAAACCUCUCUCAAAAGAUUAAGGAAGAUUUCUUAUUCCAAAAACCCUCUGGAAAUGUCUUCUUCAGACUUGCGGAAAUUGAGUGUCAAAGGCUUUAAGCAACUUACCCAAGGUCACACAGAAGGGUUUUCCCUGAAGACCUGGAAGUUCCUUGGCUGCACAGGCACAGACUACAGCUGUGGAGGAGUAAUACCAGGAGCAGCCCUGAACUAAUGAGCAGCAGAGUCAAGGGAUAAAUUUUCCAGGCUCUUGUUCUCUUCAUGAAAAGUUAUGAGGCACAGUCCAUACUAUUCCUUGGAGAUCCCAAAGCAGGAUAGUAUCACAGCUGCUCA